ACAAUCUGCAAGCAUUAUGGUUUCAGGAGCUUUUUAAUGUUUAAGAGGAAGUGGAAAAGGAAAUUAUAACUGAAAUGGUGUCUUGAAUUUCACAACGGUCUUAAGUAAUAACAAUUGCUACUUAUAAUACUUGUCCCUCGGUGCAGAGAUGGGAUUUUUCUAUUUUUUUUUCUUCAAGAGCAGUUUGAAUGAUCAUUAAUUUUCCUGAUUAGUGUAAGUAGUAUAAACUCAAUGGUAUUACGUCAGGAGUACUGUAAAACACUACACUUGCUUUAUUCUGCAGCGGAUAUCGAAGCAAAUGUUUCUCCAAACGUCAACAAAAAAGUGUUUCAGGUUCAUUUUUUUCUGAAAACUGUUCUGUGAAAGUAUUUCGUGCUGGAAAGAAAGGAAAGAGAUAUUGGAAUAUGAGGUCGUGAAAAUAAAUGAUAUGGUAUCACGAGACAAAGAAAAGUGCACGGAAAAAUAUACAUCACAACCACCCGACGGCAUGCUGCACUGCAAGGAUGGAUCAAAAUUAAAGAGUAAACAAGGGUUGCAUGAAUACAUAAAUCAGCAAGAAACUUCAUAUUAAGAUAAAUAUUCAGUGAGAUGUUACCUAUAUUGGUGCACUUUCUGUUUUGCAUAUGUACGAGAAAUUCUCAUCGAUCACUUUCCCUAGCUGCAAGUGUUUGCCUAUUAUCUAUGAUUGCACAUACCGUAUCGGACUCUUCGUUUAGCGGAACAGACCUAAUAACAUCUGUGACCGCGCAACAGCUGGGAAAUGUUUCUUCAAAUAAUUUCUUAAUCGAGUCAAACAGUUUUUACCCAAGUGCAACUAAAAAGUUCAAAUCUACAGCAAUUGAGCACUCUUUAUCAAACAUCGAGGCGUUGUUCUCAGAAACGAAAAAGUUUUCACAGUUAGUUACUGAAAUACCUGUUGCUACAGGAUUACAAUCAUCGCCGUCAUCAAGUGCAGAUAUAUUGAAUUUAAAAGCAACACAUAUGUUUAAUUUAAAUAGUCAAUCGUUUUCUUUGAAAAUAAUGCCAUUGUCGUCGUCAUUCAACGACGGUCAGACAUCACAAAGCCCGACAAAACCACAAGACGACAUCAUAACCAAUGUGUAUUUACCGCUAUUUUCAUCAUUUAACAAAGAAUCUGUUUCAACGACAUCAUUUUCCGACGACAUGACGACAGAGAUAUCAACAUCUUUUACCAGUUUGGCUUCUCAAACAAUGAACUUGAUGUUUUCAUCUAAAACCCCGGCGUUUUCAUUAAACGAAGACUUAGUUCCGGAUGUUCAUACAUCAUCAACGAUAAACACGUUUGUCUCAGAUAUUUUAAUUACGCCGUUGUCGAAGACAUUUUUUGAUGAUUUAUCAAAAUCGCAGAACUCGCAAACAUCAGACAUAAAAACAAUACCUGAAAUAGAAAUAAGCGCAGAUACAUCCCAUCCAGUUCUGAAUUUUAAAAAGACUAUUGAUUCCGGUAUACAAAGCGUAACACAACUUCCUAAAGAGGAACUGUCAACAGAUACAGUGGAUGAGUCAGUAAAGGAUACCAGUAUUUCGGACACAGGCACUGCGAAACGGUCGUUAUUGUCUACGAGUUCAAGUAUAACUGGCGAAUUAAAAGACUCUUUUACUUUUACAGAGUCCUUAUUGUAUGGCCAAUCGAAGUUAAAUAGCUUGCCUAUAGAAAAUUUGUCCACUGAUGAAAAAGUGCCCUCUUCAUUAUAUGAAGCCUUAAAUCCACAACCAAGCUUGUCAGACCUGUUAUCAACAGGGACAUUAAUGAAUUCAGAGUCUCAGAAGUCAUUAAAACCUUCUCCAAAUCAUAUUUCAUCGCCCGAAUUACAGCCAUCAUUUACUGAUAUAUGGAGCUCACAGUCACAAAAUAGUUUUCUAUCAACAGAGACGCUAUUUACAGAUACCCCAAAAUUGUCUUCUUCAAGUAGUGCAGUUUUUGAUACCGUGGCAUCAAAAAUGUCAUCUUUAACAAUGAACACAUUUUCUGAAACUACAAUACAGGAUUUAGAUGCAAAAGAUUUUCAACAAAAUCUAAUGACAUCCUAUGUACGACCACAUUUUACUGAUACGUCAUUCAUGUCAAUAAACACGGACAUGCUAAAUACAGAAUCACUCUUUUUAUCUCCAUCAUCGGGGCCAAUAUCAGAGUUACCGUCCUCUUAUAAAAGGACAGAAAGGUUAGCUCUAUCACCAGCGUUUUCAUCAAAUGCAUCGAUUGACAUCUCUGUAAUUUCAACAUCAGAAGUCAGUGUCCUUCUACUUCCGUCAUUAUUAACUGUAAAAUUGUCUUCAGUAGACGAAAUGGUAUUAUCAACAUCUGCUGAAAUACUUAAAUCAGAGUCUCAAUAUUCUUCAACAUUUUUAACAGCUUCGUCGGCAACAGAAAAAGGGUCUUUAUCGUUUACAAAGGUAAUGACUUUAGAGUUACAAGAUUUGUUUGGAACAUAUGACAAAACUCGCAUUUGGACUUCAAUAACAAAAGUUCCAACUAUAGAACAAGGUCAUUCAAAUGAUCAUGUACAAACACUGCUAAAAGACAUACACGGUUUGUCUACACCCUUGACCAAACAUAAAGUUACUGAACAAGAACAAUCUACAGCGUCUGAAGGAACAUUAUUAACAGAUGUGAAUCAACUUUUAUCGUCAUUUUCUGAACUUAAGGAUUCAGGCAAAAUGAAAUUUGGACAGACGACUCCAAAAAGAAACCAAUAUAAAACAUCCCCAGCAACAUUGUUAACAGACAUAAAUGAGCUCACACCAACAUUUACUGGACGACAGAAUUCUGAACAAACUCAACAAAAAACAUCUUCAUCAACAUCGAUAACAGAUAUAAAUGAACACUCACCAUCAUUUACCGAACAACAGAUAUCUGAACUAAAGCAACACAAAACAUUUUCAGAUACAUUGGUAAUGUACAUAAAUGAGCUCUCGCCAAUAUUUACAGGACAACAUAAUUUUGAGCAAAGUCAAAAUAUAACAUCUUCAGCAACAUUGACAUCAGAUAUAAAUGAUCUCUCACUGUCAUUUACAGAACAACAGAAUUCUGAACAAAGCCAAGACGAAGCAGCUUCAUCAACAUUGAUAACCGACAUAAAUGAUCUCUCGCCACCAUUUACAGAACAACAGAAUUCUGAACAAAGCCAAGACGAAGCAUCUUCAUCAACACUGAUAACACACAUAAAUGAGAUUUCACCAUCAUUUACCGAACAACAGAAUUCUGAGCAAAGCCAACACAGAACAUCUUCAGCAACAUUGAUAACAGACAUAAAUAAGCUCUCACCAACAUUUACUGGAAAACAGAAUUCUGAUCAAAGCCGAUACGAAGUAUCUUCAACAACAUUGAUAACCGACAUCAAUGAGCUCUCGGGCACAUUUAACGGACGACAGAAUUUUGAACGAAGGCUACACGUAGCAUCUUUAGCAAUAUUGAUCACCGACAUAAAUGAUCUCUCACCAUCAUUUACAGAACAGCAAAAUUCUGAACAAAGCCAAGACGAAGCAUCUUCAGCAAUAUUGAUAACAGACAUAAAUGAGAUUUCACCAUCAUUUACCAGACAACAGAAUUCUGAGCAAAGCCAACAUAUAACGUUUUCAUCAACAUUGAUGACAGACAUAAAUGAGAUUUCACCAUCAUUUGCCGGACAACAGGAUUUUGAGCAAAGCCAACAUAUAACAUCUUCAUCAACAUUAAUGACAGACAUAAAUGAGAUUUCACCAUCAUUUACUGGACAACAGAAUUCUGAGCAAAGCCAAUAUAUAACAUCUUCAGCAACAGUGAUAACAGACAUAAAUGAGCUCUCACCAACAUUUACUGGAAAACAGAAUUCUGAGCAAAGCCGACACGAAGUAUCUUCAGCAAAAUUGAUAACAGACAUAAACGAGCUCUCAGACACAUUAACUGGACAACAGAAUUCUGAACAAAGGCUACAUGUAACAUCUUCAGCAACAUUGAUAACCGAAAUAAAUUAUCUCUCAUCAUUAUUUAAAGAACAUAAUUCUGAACAAAGCCAAAACGAAACAUCUUCAGCAACAUUGAUACACGUAACAGAUAUAAAUAAGAUUUCACCAUCAUUUACCGGACAUCAGAAUUCAAAGCAAAGCCAACACAUAACAUCUUCAGCAACAUUGACAACAGACAUAAAUGAGCUGUCAUCGAAAGUUACCGGGCAACAACUUUCUGAACAAAGCCAACACAGAACAUCUUCAGCAACAUAUGAUGAGCUUUUACCAUCAUUUACCGGACUAGAGAUUUCAGAACAAUACAAAACCUUUUCCGAAAAGCAGAAAACAGAUAUUAAUGAGCUCUCGGAAUCAUUUAUGAAACUUAAGAUUUUGAAACAAACACAACUUUAUGUCUCUUCAGUAAACAUAAAUAAGUUUUCACCAUCAUUUUCCAGGCCAGUGUUUUCGGAAUAUAAUCAACACAAACCGAAAUCUCAAGAAGAAUUGACGAAAAGGAAAAAUGACACCUUGUCAUCGUUUACCGGAAUAGAAAUUUCAGAACGUAGCCAACACAAAGCAUCUUCAAUAGAAAUAGAAAAAGACAUAAGUAAUCUUUCACCAUCAUAUCAUUUACUAAAUGUUUCAGGCCAACACCAAACAUCUUCAAGCACAUCGACAACAGUGAUAAGCGAGCUCUCGUCGUCAUUUACUGGACUAAACAUUCUAAAACAAAGCCAACACAAAAUAUAUUCAGAAGAAUUCACAACUGGGAUUAGAAAUCUUGCAUCAUCAUAUCACGGACUAAAGAUUUCAGAACCACAUCAAACAUUUUCCAGCACAUUGACAACAGAGAUAAGCGAGCUCUCGCCAACAUUUACUGGUCUAGAUAUUUCAAAACAGCGUAAAACAUCUUCCAAAGAACUGACAAAAACGAUAAGUGAACACCUGUUAUCUUUUACCAUAAACAGAAUUUCAAAUGAAAGCCAUCAAGAAACGUCUUCUGAAACAUUAACACUAAAGGUACAUGUACUUCCAUCGACAUUUGUUAGACUAAAUAUUUCAGAAACACCCCAAACGUCUACAGAACCAUUGACAAGAGCGAUAGAUGAAUUCUCGCCAUCAUUUAACGCACUAUUAAUUUCAGAACAACACAGAACAUCUUCAAGCACAUUGAUAACAGAGAGAAGAGAUUUCUCGUCAACAUUUGCUGCACAAAAGAUUUCAAAGAAAGGCCUACACAAAACAUCUUCAGAAGAAUUUACAACACACAUCAGCGAGCUCCCGACAUCUACUGGACUAAAGAUUUCAGAAGAACAUAGAAAAUCUUCAGAAGAGAUGACAAUAGAUAUAAGCGGACUCUCGCUGCAGUUUGGCGAACUUCAGAUAUCGGAACACAAAACACCUUCAAGCAUAUUGACAACAGAGAUAAGCAGGUACUUGCCAUCAUUUACAGGACUUGAGAUUUCAGAACAAUAUAAAACAUCUUCAGAGGAAUUAAUUACAGAGAUAAGCGAGCUCUCGCCAUCAUUAACCGAACUAAAGAUUUCUGACCACAAAACACCUUUAAGCCUAUUGACAACAGAGGUAAGCGUGCACUUGCCAUUGUUUACCGAACUAAAUAUUUCAGAACAAGGCCGACAUAAAACAUCACCAAGCAUAUUGGCGACAUCUUCAAGAACAGUGGCAUCAGAGUUAAGCGAGUUUUCGCUGUUAUUUUCAAGACAGCAUAAUACACAUUCAAGAACAUUGGCAACAGUUAUAAACGAAGUUCCGCCAUCAUUUACCGAAUUAGAUAUUUCAAAACAGCAUAAAAUAUCGUCAAGCACAUUAGCAGCAGAAAAAAGCAAGCUCUCGCCAUCAUUUACUGGACUAAAGAAUUCAGAACAACACGAAAUAUAUUCAGAAAAAGUGACACCAGAAAUAAGUGAGCUAACGCCAUCAUUUACUGCACUAAAUAUUUCAGAACAACUCGUCACAUCUUCAAGCACAGUGUCAACGAAGAUAAGUAAGCUGUCACACUUAAAUACCGGAUUAGAUAUUUCAGAACAACAAUUGACAACAAGGAUACACGAGCUCUCAACAAUAUUUACCGGACGAAAUAUUUCAGAACAACACAAAACACUUUCAGAAACAAACGCAGCAGAUUUAAGUGAGAUAUCGCCAUCAUUUCAUUUUCAUAUCAGAACAACAGACCAUGUCUUCAAGAACAUCUCCAAGAAAGAUAACCUUCUUACCAUCAUUUACUAGACUAGAGAUUUCAGAACAACAGAAAAUAUCUUCAGAAACAACAGAUAAAAGUGAGGUAUCGCUAUCAUUUACUGGACUUAUGACUUCAGAACAUAGCCAACCUGCAACUUUUCCAGAAACAUUGACAGAAGA